GGAGGCAACGUGGAUGAAAUUGUGGUUGCCCGUGUCGAGGUCCCCUUGGGUGCGGCAGGCCCUUCCAAAGAGGGUGAAGACUCCGACACUAAGGAUGAAGAAGCUGAACUGGCAGAAGCUGCCCUCCAACGUGGUGAGAGAGGGACACUCUAUGUGGGCUUCCGUGACAAGCAGUAGCGAGGAAAUCAUUGAGCCGGACUACACAAGCAUAGAGGAAUUGUUUUGCUUCCCACAAACGAAGCCCAAGGAGAAACAGGCAGCCCCGGUCAAGGUGGAACCGAAGGAGAUCACGUUUCUGGAUUCCAAGAAGAGUCUCAAUUUGAACAUCUUUUUGAAGCAAUUCAAGUGCCCAAAUGUGGAGGUGAUUGACAUGAUCCAGAAAGGCGGACCGAACAAAGUUUGAUGUGGAGGUUCUCAAACAGCUGCUGAAACUCCUACCCGAAAAG